AUGCACGAACGCUUCGAUGAUUUGGAUGUUGGCGACGAAGGCCGCGGUCUGGCCUUCAGACAGAGUCACGUGGGUUUGGAUGAACUGAUCGCCAUCGAGCUCGUCAACAACUCCCUGCUGGACCUGAGGGGGCGCAUCACGGGUCCGCCCGACACCCCCUACGAGGGCGGCCUCUUCCACCUCGAGAUCAAGGGUGAGCGCGGAUUGCGUCAGAGUUGCGUCACUCUCUCUAUUGUUGUUGCAGUGCCCGAGACGUACCCCUUCAACCCGCCCAAAGUGCGCUUCGUGACCAAAGUGUGGCACCCCAACAUCUCCUCCGUCACGGGCGCCAUCUGUCUGGACAUCCUCAAGGACCAGUGGGCGGCCGCCAUGACCAUCAGGACUGUCCUCCUGUCACUGCAGGCGCUCCUCGCCGCGGCGGAGGCGGACGACCCGCAGGACGCGGUGGUGGCGAAGCAGUACAAGGAGAACCCGGAGCUGUUCCGGCAGACGGCGCGGCACUGGACGUACAUGUACGCGUCGGGGCGGCGCGAGGACAGAGGCCAUUGUCAGGACUUCGACGCGAAGAUCCGCCGCCUGCAGGAAGUGAUGCGCAUCGACGAACACAAGGCGCUCGUCGCGCUCUCGUCCAACAACUGGGAGUUGGAGCGCGCCACACAAGCGCUGUUGCCCUGA